GCGAGCGAACGACGAUCUUCUCUUCUCUUGUGUAUUUCGUCCAGCUCUUAAAGCUGGCGUCGGCUUUCUCAAGGACGACGUCAACGACUUAUAAAGCGUCUCUUGGAUUGUUUAUUGCUGCUUAUUGCUGAGUGGUGUUCCGUCGUCGACAACGACUUCUCUAAGGCUGAAUUAAUUAACUCAGCGCCAAAUCAGAGUAUCAUCGUUAUGUCCGACUCGGAGAGCUCGUCUUCAGAAAGCAACAACGAAGAGCGCACCAGUGCGACGACGCCCGACGGCUCAGCAUCACCUCAGUCUCGCGAGCGUUCAAAGACACCGGACAGUAGUCAAGCCUCCUACAGGAGUAAAUCGGUUUGUUCUGCCCCAGCUUCACCGGAAUCCGGACCGGCAUCACCCGAUGGUCCAGCUUCCCCAGUAGUCUCGAGACCUGCAUCCCCAGCAUCUGGUCCAGCCUCCCCGACAACUUCGGGUCCAGCCUCUCCAACGGCUUCAGGGCCUGCAUCUCCUGCUUCCGGUCCAGCCUCUCCAGACGAUUAUCAAGCGUCCGGUCCCGCGUCCCCGGCUUCACCCAAAUCACCAGCCUCAGCCAAAUUCGAGGAACGCGACGACAGUGCCGACUCGGAUCACAUUUCCUGCCCCCACUCACCCAAGAACUACCGAUAUGAGGACUCUGGCGAUGAGUCACCGCGCUCCCCGUGCUCGCCGCACUCACCUCCGUGCUUGCCACGUUCUCCACACUCGCCGCAACAGCACAAUCAUUCAGAUGCCGGUAGGAGCUCACCUAGAUCGAUCCAAUCACCCGAUAGGAUCAACUCGCCCGCCUGCCCGCACAUGGACGAGCCCACGUCGCCCAAGUCCUACAUCUCUGAGCUAACUUCACCCCAGUCUGUUCGCAGCACGCCCAAGUCACCCACCGGAUCUGACCAUGUUCGGGCGUCGAAGAAGAAGAGAAAGAAGCGACCGCGUUCACCAUCUCCGCCACCUGCUCGAGACAGCGAGUACGAAAUUGACGGCGAACAGAUAUCGGAUGGCGAGAUGGAGGCUGAUGAGUCACAAGUCAAACUACACGAUCACAGUCACGAGGACAUGAGCGGUGUGUCAGACCUUGACAGCGUGGACGGCGAUGAAAAUCGACGUGUCAACGACGAUGACAACGACGACGAUGCGGUGGCUUGCCAAGCAACAAAUGGGCCGACGAGCAAAGAGACUCCCAACCAUUCGGAGGAUGAAGAGAGCAAAAGGGAGGAGAAGAACAGUGCUACUUUGAACGAUGAUCAUGAGCAACUUGACUUCGAAGCCGACGGACAGUGGAAGGAUGUAAAGGAAGACGCCGAGUCGGAGUCGAAAGAUGCUAAGGAUGCCAAGGAAAGCGAUGAGAAAAACGAGGAAGAAGAGCUAGUAGUCAAGCUUAAAGAGCCCUCGGAGAAAGACAACAAAGAGAAAAAAGACAAGAGAGAUAAGGCUAAGGAAAAAGAGGCGGGUGAAAUAAAUGAUAAAGAUGACACAAAAGAGGAUGGAGAGAAGCUCGAAUCCGAACUGGAGGAAGGUGAAUUAAGCGACGGUGAUGAAGCUAGACCCGAAGAGACGGAACCACGACCGGUAUGCCGCUUCUACAAUCGUGGGCAGUGUACGUGGGGCGUAAGCUGUAGGUUUCUACAUCCAGGAGUCACGGAUAAGGGCAACUACACCAUGUUCGAUAUGGUGCGACCCAUGGCUUAUCCACCGCCACAUCCUCCUCACGAGUUCCGACCACAUAUUGAUAGGCCACCGUUGAUUAGGCCACCUAUGCCUGGCUAUGGACCACCUGUUGUCCAUCAUCCCCCAAAAACUGACGAGGCUCCGUCUGAAAGUGCAUGGGAAAGAGGCUUGAGGCACGCCAAGGAGAUGAUGAGAAAAGCCAACAAACGUAAAGAGACUGACAUGGAUUUUGAAGAGAAAAAGAUGAACUUGGGUCUAGGUCAAGACGAACUCGAGCGAGAAGCUGGUUAUUACGUAAGACCCGCUAGUCCUGAGGCACCAGCCGAAAGGUGGCCUCCGGCACGUGAGCCACCGACUACAAGGCGAGCUGGGCCCCGGGCAACCCCAACUGAAUAUGCUGAUGAGCCUGACCCUUACUAUCAUGGUGGCGCUCCUCCCGAGUACUAUAGGCGAGUCCACUACAAAGAGCCACGAGGCCCCGAGUACCGGGAGCGCACCGAAUAUCACAUGGUGCCGCGAGCCGCACCACACUCAAUUUCACCGUCUCCACACCCGCCAGAUCCACGAGAACGCGAGUACUUCCACAGAGCUGCUAGCAAAUAUGAAAAGAAACACAAGCGACCUUCGCGCGAAGUUAUCGUGGAACGCGUGCCCUCGACCAAAGUGUGGCGAGAGGAAGACACGGCGCUUGUCGAGCGUACACGAGGAGACGAGUGGGACGAUCCGUGGAUGCGGCGCAAGUCGCCAACUUCUCAUAGCAGACGCAAGAGGCAUGCCACUUCGUCAAGCAGACGAUCUCGAAAACAAUCCUACUCAUCGGGCUCAUCUUACUCUUCGUCGAGCUCUAGCCGUAGCUCAAGUCACAGUAGCUACAGUUCUUAUGAAUCCGUCUCCAGGUCCCGUUCCCCAUCUCCUCCACCCAGGUCCAGAGCAAGCAGCAAGAAAAUUCCUACCUCCCCACCCCCGAGCUCGUUGUCGUCACAUCGAACUACGGCAGCAAUGUUGAUGAAUCCACCUGCGCCAUCGCCACGCACGUCCGUUAAGCUGUCCCCCUCUUCGGUUUUACAUCGGCGCACGGCCUUGAAUCCACCGCCUCCUAAUUCACUCGCAGCGAGUCUCAAGCAAAGGGAAAAGGCAAGGGACAGUGCAAGAGCACUGGCUGCCGCUGCUGUUGCCAAAGUUAUGAAGAGCCACUCGAGGUCCAGGAAACGAAAGCGAUCCUCGCAAAGUUCCUCUGGCUCUGAUAGCAGUAGUAGCGGCUCGGAUUCAUCUUACUCGUCAGACUCGUCAGAUUCGUCAUCGGAAGCGCGCCAACGCAAAGGCUCUAGCCGUAAAGAAUUGAAAGAGCUCAAAAUGAAAAUGACCCAGCAACUGGCGGCCAGCAAAAAACUUAGCAACGCAAGUCUCCCUGGUAAAAAAAGGCAUGCUGAAUCUCCACCUCUGUCGGAAAAAGCAGCCAAAGCAGCGAAAAAAGGUGCCAAUACCAGGCGUGAAGAGUUACUGAAGCAACUCAAAGCUGUUGAGGACGCAAUCGCGCGAAAAAAAUUGAAAGCUUAAAAAUAAAAGUUUUCUACUCUCAGAGGCGUUAAAUGUGUACGCAGGAGAGACUUAGUGAUGUUGAAAGCAUACAUUUUUCUCUUUCUGUUAUUGACUGUGCUUGCAUGGGUCCAACGUAAUUUUGUUAAUCAUUGCGGUAGCCUAAUAACAAAAGAUAAUUAUUUUAAAUGUAUUGCAUUGUAAAAACGGAAGUGUAGUUUUUAGACCGAGGCGCUAUGAGUGCGUCUAUUGGAAGGGCCUCAAAAAUGCAAUCCUGUUAUGUAAAUUUUCUUAGAUUAAUCUUAUUUUUGUGUAUUUAGAAUGUAAGGUGUACAGUUUGAAUACUACUUUUAUACAUUUUUGAGGCAGUUAUGUGGUUUUCAUUAGUUGGACUUUUUAUUUAUUUAUUUUAUUUCAUUUUUUUUCUUUUUUUUUUUUUUUUUUACAAAUUGAAAUGUAAAGUCAUAGGUUUUUUUUAUUUUAUAGCAUGAACAGCACCUGAGUAGUAUUGCUUUUGUAGAUGUCUAGUUAAAUGGAAAUUAUUUUGAUCGUUACAGUCAUACUAACAACACAAAUCUUGUAAUAUAUAUGAGUACUCGUAUUAAGAAACACAAAUUCCUUGAAAAUAAAUCUCUUAGCAAAUUACUGCUUACAUAUUCUAGCGUAUUUUGUGUUGUAUGACAUAAAAGUUUGAGAAUACAUAAAGAUGCACUUUGAAGUAGAUUGAUAGUUAAUUGAUCUGCACUGAUAAUUAUUAAAUAAUUUGAUCUUUGAUUACAGAAUUAUAAAGAAUUUUCUUACUAAAGGUUAAAAGCUUAUCAAUCUCUGAGUUACUAUUUGAGCAACACUUUUUGAAUGCAAUCUCAAAGACGCUCUUACACAGCUAUCAAAGCAGACGUAUCACUUUACAUUAUUAUUAAUGUAUAACCAAGUUGCCGGUGCGUAAAAAUCACUCAAACAUGAUCUGGAACUAGCAGAAUCAAAAAAUCUUUUACUGUUGAAAUUAAUCGUUCCACGACCGUUUCAGCUCGGUAUUCAUGAAAUCAGACUAUGAAUUGGAAAAGUUUUUUUGUAUAGUAAACAAUCAGGUUGUAUACUGUAGGCAUAACUAAUAGUCCAAAUAAAUUAAUUGCUUUGCGUUAGUUGUAAUGAAAAAAUAAUUGUACCUAUCAUUUUUUUUAUCAAAGACUAA